AUGACGCAGCUCACGCUCGGUGUCGUCAUGAACGGCACCACCCGCGAGCUGAACGAGACCGCGGUGCGAUCAUUCGCCAAGCAGCAUGUCGGAUCGUGCCUCAACGCGUUCUGGGAACAACCGGUGAAAGGAAGCUACGGCUACAACGCCUCCGAGUUCCGCGCGAUCAUUGGUCGCAUCCAGGAAAUCACCAUGGAGGAGAACGGAGGACACCCCGUCAUCUACGGAAUCGACUCGGUCCAUGGAGCCAACUAUGUCGACGGAUCCGUGUUGGUCCCCCAGCAGAUCAACAGUGGUGCGAGCUUGAACCCCGAGUUGGUUGAGAAGGUAGGCGCAAUUACGGCGCGAGACACGGAAGCGGCCGGCAUCCCGUGGGUCUUCGGCCCCAUUCUCGACAUUUCGCAAAACACGUUAUGGGCCCGCACCUACGAGACGUUCGGCGAGGACCCGUACCUGGCCUCGGUCAUGGGAGCCGCUCUCACCCGCGGACUGCAAAGUUACAACCAGACGGCUGCGUGUGUCAAGCACUUCAUCGGCUAUUCCAAGACCCCCACAGGCCACGAUCGCGAAAAUAUCCUGUUGGGAGACUUCGAGCUGUCGAACCACUUCCUGCCUCCUUUCAAGGCGGCCAUGGAGGCUGGAGCUCUGUCCGUGAUGGAGAACCACAUCUCUCUCAACGGUGACCCGGUGAUCUCCAGCUCCAGGAUUUUGAACGAUCUGCUUCGAUCAGAUUUGGGGUUCGACCGAGUGUUGCUGUCGGACUGGAACGAGAUCUACAACCUCCACGACUUUCACCGAGAGACAUCGAUCGACAUUAGCAUGGUGGCAACGGACACCGACUUCAUCGAGUACGGACUCAACAUGCUGAAGGAGAACCCCAACCAAGAAGCUCGUCUGCGCGAGUCCGUAAAACGCGUCAUUAAGAUGAAACUCCAGCUCGGACUCUACGAUAACCAGUGCCGGGACAAGGACAAGGAGGCUGCGCUUGAGAUGGCCCGCGAAUCUAUCGUACUGCUCAAGAAUGAAGACGAUGUCCUGCCCCAGCCCAAGAGCGCUAAGGUUUUCCUCACUGGUCACUCAGCAGACAACGUCGGCUACCAAUGUGGCGGCUGGACGUUCAUCUGGCAGGGCUACUCGGGCAACGACAUGUUCAACCACGGAAUUUCAGUUCGCAAGGGCCUCGAACACCUUGUUGGCAACGAUUCGUUUACGUUCUUCAAUGGCCUCAUGGCUAACGGAUCGAUUUCGGAUGCGGACAUGGUCAAGGCUGUCGAGCUCGCCAGCCAGCACGAGUACACGGUUGCGGUCAUCGGUGAAUCCUCGUACACGGAGGAGCCCGGUGACAUCGACGACCCGGCCCUGCCCGAAGGCCAGGAGAAGUUCAUCGAGGCCCUGGCCGCCACUGGUACCAAGGUCAUCGUCGUGCUGUUUGGCGGUCGCCCGCGACUGCUUGGCUCCAAUCCCUGA